AUGGGAAGUUCAAGAGCUAAAAAUCCAUGGGGUGUAAUUAGAAUCUUCUCCAAGAGAUUCUACUGUGGCUUCAGCGAACGAAUUGUUGAUGUUCCAGUAGAUGCCCGCAUUGUUAAAACGGGUUUUGACCCAGAAAUCUCUCGUUUUAACUUCAAACUGAAGGAUUUAGUAAGAGCAAAUCAAAUAGCAAAGGCACGUCAACUGUUUGAUGAAAUGCCUUACAGAAACACUAGCUCUGUGAACAUGAUGGUUUCGGGUUAUGUGAAGUCUCGCAAUCUUUUUCGUGCUAGGGAGUUAUUUGAUAGCAUGUUCUCUCGUAAUGAAGUUUCAUGGACUAUAAUGAUUGGUGGUUACUCUCAGAACAAUCAGCCCAAAGAAGCUUUUAAUCUUUACACUGAGAUGUGUAGGUCGGGGGUUAAGCCGGAUCAUAUCACCUUUGCAACUCUAUUAUCAGGUUUUGAUGAUACAACUACUUUAAAAGAAGUACUUCAGAUUCAUUCCCAUAUCAUUAGAUUUGGAUUUAGUGCAAGUCUUAUUGUUUUCAACAGUCUGGUAGAUUCGUACUGCAAAACUUGCUGCCUCGAUGUAGCGUCUCAGCUCUUCAGUGAAAUGCCAACUAAAGAUUCAGUAAGCUUCAAUGUGAUGAUAACAGGGUACACAAAAUACGGUUUUCGUGAAGUAGCGUUGAAACUUUUUAUGCAAAUGCGGAAUAUGGAUUUUCAGCCUUCAGGUUUUACUUUUGCAGCAAUGCUAGGUAUGAGUGUUGGAUCAGAGGAUGUUAUUUUUGGCCAACAAAUUCAUGGACUUGCCAUCAAGACAAGCUAUGUCUGGGACAUAUUUGUUGCAAAUGCAUUGCUUGAUUUCUACUCUAAGCAUGACUAUAUAGAUUUAGCAAAGAAUCUCUUUGAUGAGAUGCCCGAGUUAGAUGGUGUUUCGUAUAACAUAAUUAUCACAGGUUAUGCAUGGAAUGGGCAGUAUGAGAAAUCGUUUGAUCUCUUCAAAAGGCUACAAGGUACAUCAUUUGACAGAAAGAAUUUUCCGUUUGCCACGAUGUUGAGUGUAGCUGCGAUAGAACUAAAUUUAUCAAUGGGAAGACAAACCCAUGCACAGGCAGUGGUGACAACAGCUGUUUCAGAAGUACAAGUAGGAAAUGCCCUUGUUGACAUGUAUGCAAAGUGUGAAAAAUUUGAGGAUGCCAACAGAAUAUUUGCAAAUCUGGCCUACAGAAAUUCUGUUCCAUGGACAGCCAUAAUCUCAAUAUAUGUUCAGAAGGGUUUUCAUGAGGAGGCACUGAAAAUGUUCAAGGAGAUGAAUAGAGAAAAUGUUCACGGUGACCAGGCAACUUUUGCUAGCACUUUAAAAGCUUCAGCUAAUUUGGCUUCAGUUUCUCUUGGGAAGCAAUUACACUCAUCUGUGAUCAGAUUGGGAUUGUUGUCUAGUGUUUUUUCUGGCAGUGUUCUUGUAGACAUGUAUGCAAAUUGUGGGUCCAUGAAAGAUGCAAUUGAAGUUUUCAAAGAGAUGCCUGAUAGGAAUAUAGUAUGUUGGAAUGCACUGAUUUCGGCAUAUGCUCAGAAUGGUGAUGCUGAGGCCACAUUUAGCUCCUUCGCGGAUAUGAUUGAAUCAGGUCUCUACCCUGAUUCUGUUAGUUUCCUCAGUGUCCUAACUGCCUGCAGCCACCGUGGGCUUGUUGAAAAGGCAUUAUGGUAUUUUAAUUCCAUGACUCAAGUAUAUAAACUUGAUCCAAGGAGAAAACAUUAUGCAACGAUGAUUGACGUGUUAUGUAGAAGUGGACGAUUCAAUGAAGCAGAGAAUCUGAUUUCUGAAAUGCCAUUUGAACCGGAUGAGGUCAUGUGGUCCUCAGUUUUAAACUCAUGCAGAAUUCAUAAGAAUCAAGACCUUGCCAAAAAGGCUGCAGACCAACUUUUCAAGAUGGAUGCUCUUAGAGAUGCCGCUGCUUAUGUCAACAUGUCUAACAUCUAUGCAGAAGCAGGCAAGUGGGAAAAUGCGGCAAAAGUCAAGAAGGCUAUGAGGGAACGGGGAGUUAAAAAGGUCACUGCCUAUAGCUGGGUUGAGAUUGACCACAGAGUUCAUGUAUUCACAGCAAACGAUAGGACCCAUCCACAAACUGAGCAGAUUAGAAGAAAAAUUAACUCAUUGGUUGAGCUAAUGGACAAGGAAGGAUACAAGCCUGAUACAAGUUGUACCCUUCAAAAUGUGGAUGAAGAAAUGAAAAUAGAAUCACUCAAAUAUCACAGUGAGAGGUUGUCCAUUGCGUUUGCAUUGAUUAAUACUCCAGAAGGAUCACCCAUUAUCAUUAUGAAAAACUUGCGAGCUUGUGUGGAUUGUCAUGCUGCCAUUAAAGUUAUCUCAAAAAUUGUUGGAAGGGAGAUCACCAUGCGAGAUUCAAGUAGGUUCCAUCACUUUAGAGAUGGAUCAUGUUCAUGUGGGGAUUACUGGUGAGAUAUGGAUGGAUGAUUUUCAGAUCAUUUCAUUCGGUUUGUGCUUUCCAUAGUCUAUAACCGGAAGUCAUAAACAUUUGGGGACUUCAGCAAUUUAUUCCUUGGAUGAUGAUGCUAAUCAAAAUUUACUUUAAGGGAUGGGCGUAGCCUAAUUGCAGCUCUGAUCCAAAGCUUGUGGUCGUGAACUGUUGCAAUUAUGGUCUCUCUAAGUUGGGCUUUUGAACUUCUGUAAUGAAAUACAUGAAGAACCAAGUUCUACUUUUUCUUGAAGAACAUUCCAUCUCUUUUCAAGAGCUCACUGGUUUUCUCCCUAAACCACAAAUUAUUCUUUCAACAAUAAGAACAGGAUUUCUGCUUGGAGAUGAAGGUGUUCUGGGGAAUACAAACAUGAAUUGCCAAGUCUACAUCAUUCUCAUCUCCAAGAGGGAGCUUGUUGGAAGAGCCUGAUUCUAAAAGAGAAGCUGGCAAAGAAUAUAUAAUGUAUAUUAUUACCAUUUUUUGUUCAUCAAAGACGUCAUAAGAGGUGGUCAGUAGACACCUAUAUUUUAUGCAGGUGUUAUUACAAGUCAUUGUAGGUCCUGUUUCCUGGAUUUGUCGUA